AUGUUGGUUAUAUUAUCUGCAAUUAGUUUAAUUUUAUUUGCCUUGGUUAUUACAAGACUAAUUCUAAUAUUGCCAUUUUUCAAAGUGGAUCGUAAUGGAAAAGAACGACAAGCUUUAAUGGAAAAUGGAAACAAAGCUCAGCCUAGACAAAUUGAACAUCAGACAGUAAGGCAAAAGGAUAAGCCUUUACAUUUAUUUGUCUUUUUAGGUUCCGGUGGUCAUACUGGAGAAAUGUUAAGAAUCUUACAAAAUUAUGAUUCUGUCUUAUUCUAUGAACCAAAAAAUGAGGGGACCCGAAUUCAAACCAUCUUAUACUUGGGUUAUUCAGAUUUACAAUCGUUAGAAAAAUUCAAAGAUUUCAUUUCUAAUUAUAAAUAUAAAAAUAAUAUGAUAAUCAAUUACGUGCAAUUUAUAAAGGCAAGAAAUGUAAAUGCUAACAUGAUCAAUAGUUUGAUUUCUAUUAGUAAGACUCUUUUCUAUUCAUUCAAACAAAUCCUAAGAAUAAAACUGCAAAUGUUAAACAAUCCACAUCUAGUAUUAUUGAAUGGGCCAGGAACUUGUUGUAUAAUUACUUUAUGGUUUAAAGUUUUCGAGUUUUUUUUAAUUGGGUCUUCUUCCAAUAUUGUAUAUGUGGAAUCAUUAGCAAGAAUUACCUCAUUAUCAAUGACAGGAAAGAUACUAUAUUAUCUAGCAGAUAAAUUCGUGGUUCAAUGGGAGGAUUUGAAACAGACAAUUUGUCCAAGAGCUUUGUACUAUGGCAUACUUGUAUAA